AUGGAUCUAAGUGAGAUGAAUAAAGUUGCCUAUCUGCAAACUGAAAAUCAAAAUCUCAAAAUCCAAUACCGAACAGCAGAAGAGGAAUCGCAUGGCAAGUCUCUACAAAUAAACGGUCUAUUGCAGCAAAUAGACCUAUUACAAAAAAAACUAUCCAAGUAUCGAGAAGGGAAUGUUGAUAAAGAAAAUUUGAUUAAGGAAAAAAACGAUUCUUUAGAAAGAGCAAAGCUAUUAGAAAAUCAACUGAAUCUAGUCAGCCUAGAAAAUGAAGAUUUUAGAAAAGCAAACGCAGAAAUAUCGAAAGAUAUUUUAAUAUAUAUUAAAUUCCACCAAUUUUUGCUAUGGCAGUGUCUAUUUUUUGGAAAAAUCUAUUAAAACUAGAAAUAUUUGCCUAUAAUCAUUACCAAAACAUUAUAAUUUUAACUUUCAGAAGAAAAUUAAAGAUCUUGAAGAAAAUGCAGUUAUCUUCAAUAAACUAAAAGGCAAUUUAGAAGCAAAAAUUGACCAAUUAACGAAAGAAAACUCAAGAUUAAAUGGAGAAAUUGUAAAAUUGCAUCAAUCUUAUGAAGAGACUAAGAUUAAAGCUUUAAAUGAAAUUAUUGCAGAAUUAAAAGUAAGAACUGGUGAUCAUAAUAUUGAGAAAGAAUCACUAAAAAACGAAAUCGAGCAAUCUCACUUGAUUAUCGAAAGGCAAAAUCAAUCUAUCAGCAACUUGAAUACAUCUUUACGUUCAUCUCAAAAUAUUGUAAACGAAUUAAAUGAAAAAUUAUCUUACACUUAAUUAAAUUAUUCAUAAAUAUUUGUAGAUUAAUAAAACUAUUAUUAAUUUCAUAUAAAAAUAGGCAAUUAUCUGUACUCAGAAAAUUAAGGAAAAGCACCUAUUAAAUUCAGGGAAAAUAAGCAAAUCUAAUCUUGAACUUAGACAGGCUCAAGAAUUACUGCGUGAAAAUGAGGAAAAAUAUAUUACUCUAAUAGAACAGUUAAAAAAUGAAUUAAAUAGAAAUGGAAUGAUAUCAGAAGAAAUGAGGCAGCUGGCUUUAAAUUUAUGUAUAGAACUGAAUUCCUUAAAAACCAAUAAUAACAACGAAGAACUGAUUAAUUUAAAUAUCAUAGUUUCGAAAUUGCAAGCUGAAAUAGCAAAUAAAGAAAUAAAUUUUGAAGCCGCUUGAAAAGAAUUAGCAUUUUAUAAAGAAAAAUCAGAGAAUUUAGAACACGCUUUACUAGAAAUUAAACAAGAAAACCAAUAUUUACAGUCAAAAUUAUACAGAAUUGAAGAAGAGCACCAAAAGAGUCAGUUUCAUAUUCUAAAGCUGUCAGAUUAUAUAGACGAAUUAGAAGGAAGAGCAGCCCAAAAUGCUUUAAAGCUUGAAUCUGCAUAUGAAAAAAUUUCUUUCCUUACAAAAUCUUACGAUGAGAAUAAGCAUAUUGAAAAUGAGAGAAACAAUCUAAAAGAAGUUACUGAACUUUUAAGUGAAGAAAAAAAUAUUUUAGAAAAAGAAAACAAACAAAAAGAUGCUAAAAUUAAGCAGCAAAACAGCAAGAUAGCAAGCACCGAGAAGCAACUUGCUGAGCAGUCUGAUACGUUGUCUUUAAAAGAACAAAUUAUUGUUAAUGCAAAUAAGCAAAUUGAAAUUCUUAACUCACUCCAUCCUAAUCAAAGAACGCCUUUGAAAAUUGCAUAAAAAUUGGAAAAUUAAUCUCCAUCCUUUAUUAAACGAUUUUCAUAUAGCCAAGCGUCCAUAUCCCUUCUUAAAUCAAGCUAUCUCUUAAAUAGAUCUUAGAGAUUAUACCUACAAUCGCUUCUGUGCAAUUUUAAUGUGAUUAGUGUGACUGCUUAUAUAUUGAGUACUUUAUCUUUUGUGAUAACUCAUAAAAUUAAUUAUAUGAAAAUUUAAUAUAAAUUUUUAUGUUAUUAAAAUGUCUAUAUCCAAUCUCCUUUCUAAAUCUAACAAUAGCAAUCAGUGAAGGAGUAAGAAAAAGCUUUUAUCAUCUCCUCCUCGUAAUAAGCAGGUUCCUAAUGAAGAUUAUGACACGAUAAAAAAGAAAGUCGAAAAUUUAGAGAGUCAAAUUAAGCUUUUAAAAGAAGUCAUAAAAGGGCUUCAAAGUGACAUAAAACGAAAGCAGCAAGAGAUAAGCAAACUUAGAAAAGCUAACUCAAUUAGGCACUCUCCAAUCCAAAAUUUCUCCCCACCUCGGGACUGAAACAUUCAUUCUUUUAUUCAAGAAACUGAAGCGAUGCUCCAUAUGCCAGAUUUAGAUGAGCUGAACAGAGAAUCGCCUUUUGUUCGUAAAAAAAACGCUUUAAACAUCUUCAAAAUUUCUUCGCCUAUUAAACAAAAAUCAAAAUUCGAUAUAAGGAAAUCAGACUUUUAA